UUUACUGCCAUCACAUGCAUUGUGAUGCUGAUGGGACAAUUGAUGUAAAUUUCACACGAAGUAUUUGCUGCGUUGCAAAAGAUGAAAACAAUUAAUCGCCAGCAGACACGACUUUAUGAAUAAUUAAAUUUAGGUUCUUCUGUCCUAUAGUUCGUGAGCGGAUCAUGCAUAUUUUUUAGCACGCCUACACGAGUACGUACAGAUUCUCGCUAAAGUUCAUAACAUAUAACCACUGCUUAAAUACCAUUAGUCUUGCCUUUAAAGCUUGAAGAUUGGAAGAUUUGAAGUACAUUGUACUCUUUGCCUUAUAACAACCGAUACGAAAGACUGAUGGUCAGUCUAACAUGCAGUCAACAAGUGUCAACGCCAAACUUUUAAUAUGGUGUUGUGUUGGUAAUGAGACAUACUUUUAAUAUGGUGUUGUGUUGGUAAUGAGACAUACUUUCGAGGGAAUACAAUAAGCAAACAGACAUUUCACAAGUAUAAACGGUUAUUUGCCUGAUUGAACGAGGAAUCGUACCACAUUCAUCAAUUUGUCAAAAGAAAAGUUACGAUCAGUGAAAGCACAAAUGGAUAUUAAAUUUAGAGUGUGGAUGGUUUUAAUUUUCACGAUAUGUUAUUCUAAAUGCGCAAAUGGCAACAAACUGAGAAUAUACCGUCAUGAACGAGAUAUAUUUACCAACUUAGAUUAUUCAAGUUCACAAUCUGAAAGAGAUCAUAGUCAUGACUGUAUGAAGUACAACGCUAAAUGUCAUUUCAUCACUAAGUGUCGUUAUUGUGAAUGUAAAGAUGGAACGAAUACUUUUAUCAUUGAUAACAAUGACAAGAAUCGCAGAGGAAGUUGUAUCAAGGAUGAAGAAUUAAAUCUAGAAGGAGACUCAGACAAUGAUGAAUUUACUCUAGAAAAUACCGUGACAAACAAAUGUUUAAAACAAGUUGGGAAUUCUGUGUGGGGUACGACAUGUGGAAAUUCAUUGGAUCAAAAGUGGAUACGUCUCAAGACAUAUAAUGAACAGCUCAUGAAUCUAAAAUCACUUCUUUGCAUAAGAGCUAGAUACAGCGGUGUAGUUGAAAUGAGUCAAUGUCUAUAUUUUGUCCUAAGAUCGCAAAAACUGGAGUGCACGUACCAAACACAUAUAGGAGCUACUUUCACUACGACAUUUUUUACAAUUUUUGAAACUUCCACUGACUACCUAGAACAAACUACGAACAGAAGAGGAAUUUUUCGGUCAUAUACCGGUCAAUAUUGGAAAACGCACCAAAAUAAGACUGAAGUCAAUGUUUGCGAGAAAAUAACAGAAUACAAAGGUUGCUAUCGCCUUUCUGAUGGAAAUUUCAUGAAAUAUUUGAAAUUUAACAACAAUAGCUGGAAUGUGGAAAAAUUCUCUGUUUCUGCGCCAAUCUAUAGAGAAAAUAACAAUUGCAUUGUGGAAGAAAAUUUCGAGUAUACAAAAGAUGGCAAUGAAUCAUACGAAGAUGGUUCAAAAAAUCUUUUUAAAUUGUCCAGCACUGGCGAGUCUACCAAAGAAAUCGAGAUUAGAAACAUGGAUGCUCUACGACAAUGGAAUGGUUCAUUAUUGCAAAUACAAAUCAAAUGCCGCAGCGGACGGUCAAACACAGAAGAACGUCACUGUUUUCUCAUAAAACUACAAUCUUUAUUACCAUUGGAACCAGAGGAAAUACCAUCAUCAAAAUCAGAUGGUAAUACGCCAGUCUUUAUCACAGGAAUAGUCACCCUGGUUGUAGUUGCAGUCAUUGUGCUAAGCAUUUUCCUUUAUAAAAAGCGGAGGAAAAGAUCACAAAGUACAUCAAAUAGACCAGAAUUAGAGUUGGAAGUCGUAAAUCUUGCAGAAGCAAUUUACGAAGAGCCACACAGGAUAUACGCAACGGUAUAUGAAGUAUCAGGUAAACAAACAGGAGAAGCCGCUGACACCUACAGUUAUACAGAUUGUAGAAGCAUCUCCAAUAGAAGAACAGAAGUGCAAGGGUCUCGUGAAUCAACACACCAUCAAAGUAGAAACCUACCGGAUAACGCACAGGAAGUGGAAACUGACUCAACAACACAAGUGAAAGGCAAUGUUUUCAUGACGUUGACAUCUUUGAGCCUAGAAGAGCCGUAUAUUUAUGCCAAUGAUGUUUCUGACGUCAACACACAGAGUCGUACUAAUGAGCAACCAGCUGGUGAUUCUGAUGACAAACAUAAAGUAAAAACAACAAAGCUCCGAAGGCCUUCUACAAAUCAAGAAGCGAAUGAAGACAACUAUGCCUCAUUGACAAAAAAAAGCAGAGACUCAAGCGUUUCUGGCAAUACGAAACCGGAAUUGCUUGAUACAACAUCGUAUACUGAUGAAUAUGCCAUCCCAAAUGACGUUGACCAUAAGACAGUGGCUAACAGUACUUAUAUGAAUACGAAAGCGAAUUCCAGCAGUGAAGUUUCAUCCCAACUUGUUGAAGUCGAUGUAGAGGGAUAUGCCCAAUUGAUGAAAAACCGUAAAAGCAGGGACUCAAACUGUCAUUAUUACCAGCAGUUGCAAAAAACAUCGAUGCAAGUCGAAGGCAAUACUUCCGAGGUCCCUUUAUUUCAUGGAAAUGAGCAAAUAAAGCUAAUUGGGCAACCAGAGUGUGUUAGUGAUUACGUUAUUCCAAAUGAUGCUGGGGCAAGCAUGAAUAGCAACCAGCAACUGGAAGUUGCAACAUCGUAUACUGAUGAAUAUGUCAUCCCAAAUGACGUUGACCAUAAGACAGUGGCUAACAGUACUUAUAUGAAUACGAAAACGAAUUCCAGCAGUGAAGUUUCAUCCCAACUUGUUGAAGUCAAUGUAGAGGGAUAUGCCCAAUUGAUGAAAAAUCGUAAAAACAUGGACUCAAACUGUCAUUAUUACCAGCAGUUGCAAAAAACAUCGAUGCAAGUCGAAGGCAAUACUUCCGAGGUCGUUUUAUCUCAUGGAAAUGAGCAAAUAAAGGUAAUUGGGCAACCAGAGUAUGUUAGUGAUUACGUUAUUCCAAAUGAUGCUGGGGCAAGCAUGAAUAGCAACCAGCAACUGGAAGUUGCAACAUCGUAUACUGAUGAAUAUGUCAUCCCAAAUGACGUUGACCAUAAGACAGUGGCUAACAGUACUUAUAUGAAUACGAAAGUGAAUUCCAGCAGUGAAGUUUCAUCCCAACUUUUUGAAGUCGAUGUAGAGGAAUAUGCCCAAUUGAUGAAAAACCGUAAAAGCAGGGACUCAAACUGUCAUUAUUACCAGCAGUUGCAAAAAACAUCGAUGCAAGUCGAAGGCAAUACUUCCGAGGUCCCUUUAUCUCAUGGAAAUGAACAAAUAAAGCUAAUUGGGCAACCAGAGUGUGUUAGUGAUUACGUUAUUCCAAAUGAUGCUGGAGCAAGCAUGAAUAGCAACCAGCAACUGGAAGUUGCAACAUCGUAUACUGGUGAAUAUGUUGAUAUGACAAAAAGUGGAAAUAGUGCGAUUUUCAGUGAUGAACAGAUCCAUCUCAAAUGAAGACGAUGUUCAGGAAGAUGUCCAUUGAUGAGAAACUAUAAAAGAACUCAAACCAUAAUUACCAAAACAAACAAUACUGAUGAGCAUAUACUGUUCGUACACUGGUGAGCAUGUCAACAUGAAUGACAAUGGGUACAUAACAAUGGCUGUGAUUAUCGAAUGAAUGGAACGAUCUCAGUUUUUAGUUAAAAAUGCAAAUAGCGAAUAUUGGUAACUGCAAAGAUCACUGGCGAUCACUGAGAUUACUUCAGUAGUUCAUUCAAGCAGCAUUACCAAACAGCAUUAAGAUUGCUGCUUGGUAAUGCUGCUAAUCGAAUACAGUCAACAAAGUACAGAGCAGAGAUACAGGGAACCCUGUAAAGUACAAAAAAUGCAGGGAUGUCUGUGGAUCAUUAGCAAUCCUCUAACAAUUACAAUGGCCAAUCAAAAACCUUAUCCACCCAAAAUAGUCCUUCAAAAGAUAUAACCACCUACACACUAUCUCCCAGCCCUUGACUUUACUAUGAGAUUCUUUUAAAUGCACGAGAAUAUAUCAUAAGUAAUUUUAGGUUUGUUUUAUAUGUGUAUUCGUAGUUCAAGAUUCUCUGUUCAAUGGAAAUCACUUUAUAUAAUAUGUAUUGUAUGACUUGGAAUAAAAAGCUUUCCAGCAAUUCUAA